UCUUCUGCUCUGUCUGUUCUGAAGAGUGGAGAGAGUGGACAAACAGUGCGAAUAUAUCGAUAAAAGCACUGCAGACACUUUCUGAUUAAGAUAUGGACGACAAGGCAAAGAACGGCGCAUCCCAGCUCAACGGAACACACAGUGAAGGUCUGACAAAGAAGAGGCAGGACUACCUGGAGUGGCCUGAGUAUUUCAUGGCUGUUGCCUUCUUAUCAGCACAGAGGAGCAAAGAUCCCAGUUCUCAGGUUGGUGCCUGUAUCGUGAAUCAAGAGAACAAGAUAGUGGGUAUUGGCUACAACGGUAUGCCCAAUGGUUGUGACGAUGACCUUCUGCCCUGGUCUCGCAGUGCUGAUGACAAGCUGGACACCAAAUACCCCUAUGUGUGUCACGCAGAGCUGAACGCCAUCAUGAAUAAGAACUCAGCAGAUGUCAAGGGUUGCACUAUGUAUGUAGCGCUCUUCCCCUGCAACGAGUGCGCCAAACUUAUUAUUCAAGCAGGUAUAAAGGAUGUGAUCUAUUUGUCAGACAAAUACCAUGACACUCCAGAAAUGACUGCCUCUAGACGUCUUCUUAACUUGGCGGGCAUCACAUACAAGCAAUUCAAACCGAAGCAAGGAAAGAUUGUCAUUGAUUUUAAUUCAAUCAACCACCCCAGAUUGAAUACUUCCAAUGGUUUUGGGGGCGUACAGUCAUCAUAAGCCAAGGAACUUGGAGCGUGACACUAAGUAUUCAUAAAACAGACACAUUGUUUACCUUGUUUAUGUACAGUUGAAGGUCUUUAUGGGUUUGAGAGUGAUUACUAAAUAGAUGUAGUAACUCUAAUUGGACAAUCAAGUAGUUAAAGUUUUGAAAUAUGUUUCUUUUAUGUAUAUGCUCUAAUGCAUAAUUUUUUUUUUUUAUCAAUUUUUAAAUAGCGGCAUGUAAGUGUGCCUAUUUUAAAUGGAUUCUUUUAAAAUUUCUGUAUUUAUCAAAUUAAAAUCAAACUGGAUGCCAACAUUAACCAAA